AUGCAUUUCCAGACCUUCCUCAGCGGCCUAGCUGUUCUUCCAGUGGCCUUCGCUUCCUGGCCGUUCCGCGACAACUUCGAAGCGAUUUCGGCGACUGCCUACCCCAAUGAGAAGCCCAAUGUGAAAGUAGAGACCCUCUUUCAAUUUCCCAACAAUGGCUCCUGGAUCGGCAACAUGGCCCUACGAUCAAACGGCAACCUUCUCCUAUCGCGUCUGGACACCCCUGAGGUUUGGAAUGUCGACACUAAGAGCGGAGAGGCGGCCCUCGCCUACUCGUUCCCCGGCGUCACCAGCACCUUCGGAAUUAGUGAAAUAGCAGACGAUGUCUUCGCAGUGGUAGUGGGAAAUUUCUCUAGCAAGACCUACCAGCCAGGUGCAGGCUCGUUCUCGGUCCAGAGAUUGGACUUCACCAAGGCCAAUGCCAGAGUGAAUAAGCGCGCACAGGAACAGCCGACGGCCUCGGAGAUCGUCGCAAUUCCAGAGGCUGAGGCCUUGAACGGCAUGACUACUUUGUCCAGAGAGUCAAAUUUGGUUCUCAUCGCCGAUAGCCCAAAGGGUGUGAUAUGGAAGGUCGAUACCAAGACAGGAGACUAUGCUGUCGCACUGAAUGAUACGACCAUGGCUCCGGCAAAGGGGCAGGCCCUCCCCCUGGGAGUCAACAGCGUGACAAUACUCGAUGAUUAUGUCUACUACACCAGUACAACACAGAUGCUAUUUUGCAGAGUCAAGGUAGACGACAAGGCCAAAGCAGUCGGAGAUUUCGAAAUCAUCGCCAGUGGAUUCCUGCCAGACAACGUUGAGAUGACCGAAGAUGGCACUGCAUACAUUCCGACAGAUCCCCAGAACUCUGUUGUGCGCAUCACGCCUCUGGGGCAGAUCUCCCUGGUUGCAGGUGGCCAGGUGUCCACGGAAAUGCCAGGCCCAAGUUCGGUCCGAUUGACUGAAGAUCGACAGACCCUUUACGUUGGCACUACGGGUGGUCAAAUUGCGCCUGUGAUGGGCCAAUUCAUCGAGCCUGCAAAGGUUGUCAAGAUUACAUUGGAGGGAUAG